CUGGGUAGCCCGGCCCCCGCCUGGUACCACCGUGAUCUGAGCCGCGCUGCCGCCGAGGAGCUGCUCGCCCGGGCGGGCCGCGAUGGCAGCUUCCUGGUCCGAGACAGCGAGAGUGUGGCGGGGGCCUUCGCACUCUGCGUGCUGUAUCAGAAGCAUGUUCACACAUACCGCAUUCUGCCUGAUGGAGAAGACUUCCUGGCCGUACAGACCUCGCAGGGUGUGCCUGUGCGCCGCUUCCAGACCCUGGGUGAGCUCAUUGGCCUGUAUGCCCAGCCCAACCAGGGCCUUGUGUGUGCCCUGCUGUUGCCUGUGGAACGGGAGCGAGAGCCGGACCCACCUGAUGACCGAGAUGCCUCAGAUGGGGAGGAUGAAAAGCCCCCACUGCCCCCACGCUCUGGCUCCACCAGCGUUUCUGCCCCUGGGGCCCAGCAGCCCCCUGCCAGCCCCUGAGACCCCCACAACUCUGGCUGCUGAGAGUGCUCCUAAUGGGCUGAGCACCGUUUCACACGAGUACCUGAAGGGGAGCUACGGGCUGGACCUGGAAGCUGUGCGGGGCGGAGCCAGCAACCUGCCUCACCUCACCCGCACUCUUACCACUUCCUGUCGGAGGCUGCACAGUGAGGUAGACAAGGUCCUGUCAGGCCUGGAGAUCCUGUCCAAGGUGUUUGACCAGCAGAGCUCACCCAUGGUGACCCGUCUUUUGCAGCAGCAGAGCCUACCGCAGACUGGGGAGCAAGAGCUGGAAAGCCUGGUGCUAAAGCUGUCAGUGCUCAAGGACUUCCUGUCAGGCAUCCAGAAGAAGGCCCUGAAGGCCUUACAAGACAUGAGCUCCACAGCACCCCCAGCUCCACUGCAGCCAUCUACCCGUAAGGCCAAGACCAUCCCUGUGCAGGCCUUUGAGGUGAAGCUAGAUGUGACCCUGGGUGACCUGACCAAGAUUGGGAAGUCACAGAAGUUCACACUGAGCGUGGAUGUGGAGGGUGGACGGCUGGUGCUGCUACGGAGACAGCGGGACUCACAGGAGGACUGGACAACCUUCACUCAUGACCGCAUCCGCCAGCUGAUUAAGUCCCAACGUGUCCAGAACAAGUUGGGUGUCGUGUUUGAGAAGGAGAAGGACCGGACACAGCGCAAGGAUUUCAUCUUUGUUAGUGCCAGGAAGCGAGAGGCCUUCUGCCAGCUGUUGCAGCUCAUGAAGAAUAAGCACUCCAAGCAGGAUGAACCUGACAUGAUCUCUGUCUUCAUAGGCACCUGGAACAUGGGAAGUGUGCCACCUCCGAAAAAUGUGAUAUCUUGGUUCACAUCAAAGGGUCUAGGGAAGACCCUGGACGAAGUCACGGUGACCAUACCCCAUGACAUCUAUGUUUUUGGGACCCAGGAGAACUCAGUGGGCGACCGAGAGUGGCUGGACCUACUGCGCGGGGGCCUCAAGGAGCUCACAGAUUUAGAUUACCGCCCGAUUGCCAUGCAAUCCCUAUGGAACAUCAAGGUGGCUGUGCUGGUCAAGCCAGAGCAUGAGAACCGUAUCAGCCAUGUCAGUACAUCCAGCGUGAAGACUGGCAUUGCCAACACCCUGGGGAACAAGGGGGCCGUGGGAGUCUCCUUCAUGUUCAAUGGCACCUCAUUUGGCUUUGUGAACUGCCACCUCACUUCAGGAAAUGAGAAGACUGCUCGGCGGAACCAGAACUACCUGGACAUCCUGCGGCUGCUCUCGCUGGGUGACCGGCAGCUCAGUGCCUUUGACAUCUCUCUGCGCUUCACUCACCUCUUCUGGUUCGGAGACCUCAACUACCGCCUGGACAUGGAUAUCCAGGAAAUCCUGAACUACAUCAGCAGGAAGGAAUUUGAGCCUUUGCUCAGGGUGGACCAGCUCAACUUGGAGCGGGAAAAGCACAAGGUCUUUCUUCGAUUUAGUGAAGAGGAAAUCUCCUUCCCGCCCACCUACCGAUAUGAACGGGGUUCCCGAGACACAUACGCCUGGCACAAGCAGAAGCCGACUGGGGUCCGGACCAACGUGCCCUCAUGGUGUGACCGGAUCCUCUGGAAAUCCUACCCCGAGACCCACAUCAUCUGCAAUUCCUAUGGCUGCACUGAUGACAUCGUCACCAGUGACCACUCCCCUGUGUUUGGGACAUUUGAGGUUGGAGUUACAUCUCAGUUCAUUUCCAAGAAAGGGCUCUCGAAGACUUCGGACCAGGCCUACAUUGAGUUUGAGAGCAUUGAGGCCAUUGUGAAGACAGCCAGCCGCACCAAGUUCUUCAUUGAAUUUUAUUCUACUUGCCUAGAGGAAUACAAGAAGAGCUUUGAGAAUGAUGCCCAGAGCAGUGACAACAUCAACUUCCUCAAAGUGCAGUGGUCAUCACGCCAACUGCCCACGCUGAAGCCGAUUCUGGCUGACAUCGAGUACUUGCAGGACCAGCAUCUCCUCCUCACAGUCAAGUCCAUGGAUGGCUACGAAUCCUAUGGGGAAUGUGUGGUUGCGCUCAAGUCCAUGAUUGGCAGCACAGCUCAGCAGUUUUUGACCUUCCUGUCCCACCGCGGUGAGGAGACAGGCAACAUCCGUGGCUCCAUGAAGGUGCGGGUGCCCACAGAGCGCCUGGGCACCCGUGAACGGCUCUACGAGUGGAUCAGCAUUGAUAAAGAUGAGGCAGGAGCAAAGAGCAAAGCACCAUCUGUGUCCCGGGGCAGCCAGGAGCCCAGGUCAGGGAGCCGCAAGCCAGCCCCCACAGAGGCCUCCUGCCCACUGUCCAAGUUAUUUGAAGAACCAGAGAAACCCCCACCUACUGGAAGGCCCCCAGCCCCACCCCGAGCAGCUGCCCGGGAGGAGCCCUUGACCCCCAGGUUGAAGCCAGAGGGGGCUCCAGAGCCAGAAGGAAUGGUGGCACCCCCACCCAAGAACAGCUUCAAUAACCCUGCCUACUACGUCCUUGAGGGGGUCCCACAUCAGCUGCUGCCCCCAGAGCCACCUUCGCCUGCUAGGGCUCCUGUCCCACCUACCACCAAGAACAAAGUGGCCAUCACAGUGCCUGCUCCACAGCUUGGACGCCACCGGCCCCCCCGUGCUGGGGAGGGGAGCUCAUCAGAUGAGGAGUCAGGAGGCACACUCCCCCCUCCAGACUUCCCACCCCCACCACUGCCAGACUCUGCCAUCUUCCUGCCCCCCAGCCUGGAUCCUACGCCAGGGCCAGUGGUCCGGGGUCGCAGUGGGGUUGAGGCCCGGGGCCCACCACCCCCCAAGACCCAUCCAAGGCCCCCGCUGCCCCCAGGCCCCUCCUCUGCCAGCACUUUCCUGGGGGAGGUAGCCAGCGGGGACGACCGCUCCUGCUCGGUUCUGCAGAUGGCCAAGACACUGAGUGAGGUGGACUACGCUCCUGCUGGGCCUGGCCGCUCAGCACUCCUCCCAAGCCCCCUGGAGCUGCAGCCACCCCGAGCUCCCCUCAGACUAUGGCCGGCCCCUCAGCUUCCCUCCACCCCGCAUCCGAGAGAGCAUCCAGGAGGACCUGGCAGAGGAGGCUUCUUGCCCGCAGGGCGGGCGGGCCAGCGGGCUGGGCGAGGCGGGCAUGGGCGCCUGGCUGCGGGCCAUCGGCUUGGAGCGCUAUGAGGAGGGCCUGGUGCACAAUGGCUGGGACGACCUGGAGUUUCUCAGCGACAUCACUGAGGAAGACCUGGAGGAGGCUGGGGUGCAGGACCCGGCUCACAAGCGCCUCCUUCUGGACACGCUGCAGCUCAGCAAGUGAUGGCAAUGGCUGCACAAAGCUGCGGACUCAGUGUGCCUC